UCAAGGUAGCUUUGUGGGAAAAACCCAACUGCCACCAUGGGUCUUUAGUGAAUCCUUUUACCAUAAAAGGAAAGUCUCUCGCGUCAGGUCCAUGGAAAGCAUUUCAGAUUUGGCAGACCGGGAGAGUUUCUCAUUUUUGUUUGGCACCUGGAAUUAGGCUGCAAUUUUAGUGAGCAUAUACAUUUUCAAUGUAUGUACAAUCGAGAAUUUAGGAGGCUUACAUUUCUAUGUAUCGGUACUGAUUUCAACAACUCAUAGCUUUGGAAUAACAUGGGAAGAUGCAAAGACAGGGGUCAGACGUGAAGGCGGAGGCAGAGUAGUUAGUUCAAAGCAGUCAGGCUAGAGCUGAGAUGAGCAUCUUAAAUAGACAAAGCAAAGUUAAGCUGAAGCUGAACAUAAUAUACUUUGCCAAGAAAAAAUGACCAUGAUUCUAAUUACUGUUUCAUCUGUUUACUUUACAGGGGUUAAUAACAUCGAUCUAGCCGACAGCAUGGUACUUGGGCAUCUCAUCAUUCUUAUUCUUAGCUCUCAAGUCAUCACCUCCAGUGCAGCACCGGCAUCCCAAGAUGCUAGCUGCAACACCACCUGUGGUGGUCUGGAUGCUAACUGCGUUAACCAAGCACUGACCAAUGUGCCUCUUGGAUGCAGUCCCUUCAUCGAGAUGAUGGACCUCCGGGAAAACAAUCUCAAGUAUCUGAGACCUGACAGCUUCAUGAGAUACAGACACCUGGUGUACCUAGACUUGGCACAUAACAAGAUCUCUAAUAUUGCAGCAGGAGCAUUUGAGGGGUGUGUCUCACUCAAGAAAGUGUACCUGCAGGAGAACCUUUUGACGGAGGUGGGCGAAGGCACAUUUGAAGGAGCAUCAAAUCUCAAUGGACUCUUCCUGAAUGCUAACAAGAUUUUGCGGUUACUCACUGCUGCCUUCCAUGGUUUAGAUAACCUACAGUACCUUGACAUCAGUGACAAUGACCUUCAGUCCCUCCCACUUGGAAUCUUCGAUGACUUGGGCCAGCUCAAGUUUUUGAGUUUGGAAAACAACAACCUUCAAUCACUCCAAGGAUCCCUUUUCGAUGGCUUAGUGAAUUUGAAGAAACUCAUCCUGUCUAGAAAUGACAUUGUUUCAAUAACUGGCUUCCCAUCAUUGCCCAAUCUCAAGACACUGGAUCUCUUCAACAAUGACCUACAAGACAUCACUGACCUAGCAGACAAGAUCAAUGGACUGGACCACUUGUACUUAGGAGAGAACCACAACAUUAUCUGCAUGUGCUCCAUUAACUCAGUACGUGUGUGGCUUCAAAGUCACAGAUCAGAUGAAGCUGCCAACAGAGUAGAUGUGACAUGCCAUGCCCCACAGCAUUUGCACGGUCUACAACUUCACAACAUCUCAAAGUAUUCCUUGUGCCCAAGGUCCAAUUUCACACCAUCAUUGUCCACUACCGAAAACUCACCUUCUAAGAAACUACAUGUAGCAAGUACACUGAUGCAUGUAGUCAACAUGGGAACGAUGGAACCAGUAUCCAAGACGGUGACGUUCACCAAUCAUACAAAACAAAAGAAGACAUGGGAUGGUCACUCCAAACCUCAUAGCAUAAUCAUGUAUGUCACAGUUGGGACUGGCGCUCUUCUGAUUAUUAUAUUUUUUCUGAUUCUUUUAAACAAGUGUCUUGGCAUGCUUACCCGGAGAAACCAACAACAGAAUCGAAACAUUAUACCAGACCAGCAGAAAGCUCCACAACAAGAGCAGAGUGUACCAAUGAUGCACAUUACAGUCAAUAGAUUCAGUCAAAAUGAUGGGGCUAAUGAGGUUGUCCAACCUCGCACCCCAGCAAACGACUCAGCUUUUGGUUCUCAAGCUGAUCUUGAUGUAGUCACUGAGAUGACCCAGUUGAGGCAAGAUCCAAUCUUUCAGGCUGUAUCCACCAACUCAGAUGAUCCAUUCUACAUGAGCAUAGGAGACUUGAAUGCACCUCAUUGCUCACCACCACCGGGCUUAUCAAAAGAGGAUGACUUGCCUCCCCUGGAACAAGAAUGGCCCACUACAAAUCCUUUCUUGAGAGAUCUCACACACAACAAUCAAGCUUAUCCCAGCCCAGGACAAUAUGUCCCACGUGCAACGUGCACCAAUGCUUCAAGAAACGCAACCCCUCCCAUGUCUCAGCCUGUGCAUCAGCUUUCCCCCAUGCCACCCAGAGAACCACUACAAAGCGUUCAAGCAGCUCCACAAGAUGUCACACAUUACAUUCCCCACUGCCAAAUGUUUCAGUCAACAAUCCCUACCCAGACCCAGAUGCUAGUCCAGACUCCAGAACACAGCCUGCAGCAUUUGAAUAUGAGUGAAAGCACAAAUCCUUUUAAGAAAGCUACAAGCAAAAACCCCUUUACUUCAUGUUCCUGAAAUGCCAACGAAGCAACAACAAAAAGAAACCAAAACAAACAAACAACCCAAAACAAACCCAACAGUCAAAAACCAAAAUAAAAUUGAUUGAUAUUAAUUGGCAAUAAUGAUGCAUUUGAUAAUCAGAUAAAGACUGAAAGGACAGCACAUGGAGUCAACCAGGUAAAAGCUUGGGAGCUAAACCAUUAGGAUAUGACAAUUUGACAAUUAUGUUGGACUAGCAACCAUGGUAAGAGUACAUGUAGCUGCUGAUAGCGAACUGCAUUAAUUACAAGCAUGCUGAGCAUAUUCAGUUACUUUUUAAACUAACUGCCACGAUUAAGGAAAACUCUUCCAAUUCCAAGUGAAGUGCCAAGAAAGAAUUGAAUGUAGAUUUAUGAAUAACUCUGCUCUGUUGCAAAUUUACAUGUAAAUAGUUUAGUAAAUAGAUACCGGUCCACAUCCAGGGUGAAUGCAUCAUUCUAAACUUGAGUUAUUUUAUUCAAAUAUUUUGAAAAUUUGUAACACUGCCGUUAAUGUUUAUAUUUUAAGUUUACAUUUGAAACUACUCAGUCUAAAUUUGAGAAAGAAAUACAGUAUACUUAUAUAUAAUAAUGUAUUGAUUAAUUUGGAAUAUUUUGAAAAUGCAUAACACUGCCAUUUGUUACUAUUUUAAUCUUAAAUGUGUGAUUGGUUCUUAGAAAACAGCUAAAAAUCAUGUACAGAAUUUUGACUCUCUUAUCUCGUACAACCUACAUGUAAAAACAAUCAAAGUUCAUUAAAAUAUUGAGGAAUUUAGACUAGGAAACAAUAAACUGCAAGAAGGUUAACUAAAGCAGGCAUCAAUAACAUUAAUGCAUUUGUAGUAUUCAUUCAAAACUUUUCAUUUAUCUGAAACAUUUCCAUGGAAUUGGUUGUUGAUUGAAUCUUGUAAUUUUGAUGUACUAUUCACAGAGAUAAGCAGAAAUUGCUUAAUAUUUUUGUACAAUUUUGCAAAAUAUGUAUUCAGUUUUUACGUUUUUUAAAAAUGCUGUUUAAAUGUUGCAAAAUUAAACUGAUAGGUCUUUGUGCAU